ACUUCUUUUAUUUCUGAGUGUAGGUAGUUUGCAUUUAGGCGUAUACGGCCAAAGUACCUAAAGUCAAGGUUCUUUUUACUCAACCGUCAGUUAAAAUUACUCAACUUUCGGUACUGUGCCACUUACUCAAUUUUGGCUUCCCGCAUCGAACUCUCAAAGUUGGGUUGUUUUGCUAUUCACUCUCUGACAACAAUAAAGAGAGCGAAUGAAACAGGAUGCAAAAAAGAACUCAAAAGUGAGUUUAAAAAUACUCAAAUUUGGAUUCUCUUGUUUUUCAGUGUAGGCUCUUAGCGCAAGGAUCGGUUCGGAACAAACAACAGUCUGCCAGAAAAGCCAAAACAGAAGUCUUGGCCGGAGCCAAGCAGAAAAUGAAAGAAAUUGAUCGAAUCUAUCGGACUAUUUAUACCUACCUAGUCAAAUAUAAUAUCCGUGUGAAAUUAAGCGAAGUUUGAAUGAAUAUCCCAAAAAUGACCACAAUCAACGAUCUUCCGAACGAGAUCCUUCUCAUGAUUUUCCAGCAGGUUGAGGAUAAGAAAAAAUUCACCCGUACUUGCAAGCGCUGGAAUGAGCUGAUUGCUAACUUCCUGUAUCUGAGUAUCGAUCUCUCUAGCGAGGGAUGCAUCCGGAAAUUUAUGGACAUCACUUUCACCCGCAGCUAUCGGCAGCUGGACAUCUACGGGGUGAUGUUGGUGCGGUCGGACUUUAACUGGACGGACAGUUCACGGCAGCUGGGAAGUGCGCAUGCUAAGCGAGUUCGCUAUGGAACUGAUCCGUACGUGUUGUUGCGCAAGUGCCUGCAAGUGGUCCGUCAAUAUGAAGGGACUGUGGAGUAUAUGAACUUGACCUUUGGGCCGGUUAUGGACAAAAGUUUGCUGGCAUUCUUGCCCCGGAGCGAUGGGCCCAGUUCGUUGGAGACUUUGAUGAUCCGUUUUACUAGUUGGCACAUAAUGAAGUCUGAGGAUUGGAUCGUUGAUCGAAUGGAGUUUAUUUCCGAAGAGGGAUUAAAGGAAAUUUCAGAGAUGCCAAAGCUCACAAGUCUCACGUUUAGCGACAACCGCCCAAAAGGGGAUCGAACUGCCCGACGAAAGUUCUUUGACGCAAUCGCCCGGAAGGCGAAAGCAAUAACAGAGAUAUCUCUGUCAUGUGGCUAUUACGCUUGUUUUUCGGAUUACCGAAUUAUUCGUAGUUUUUCAACGCAGUUACAGGUAUUGUCUUGUACCGUUUGGCCCAUAUUUGUGAAAGAUUUCUUACAACUUGCGUUUCCGGAAGUAAAAACCCUCUCCCUAAACUUCACACCCUGCACAACAACGCCAGACCCGGGCCGGUUCUUCGAAAACGCUAAAUCACUUGUCCGUCUAACCGUUACCAAUAUCGACGAUGAUGAGUUCUUCCGGCAAGGUGUCUAUCGUAGCGCUGCUACCGUCGAGUGGUUGACCAUCACUGGUACCCAAGAAAUACCCAUGGACGGGCUACAGGGCUUGAUCGGUUUGAGGGAAUUGGAACUGUGUGCGUAUAUCGAAUCCGAUGUGCAAAAUGCGGUGCCUUGCUCUCCGUCCUUGGAGAAGCUGGCAAUUGAUCGAUGCACCAGCGGUUUUUUGUUCUACUGCGUUUUGGCGGAAAGUGUUCCUUACAUUACGGAACUUUACAUCACCGAAGAUGAGGCGUUGAAUGAUGAGUGCCUACGGGUAAUAUGCACCACAAUGCCCAACUUACGGGGGUUGAAGCUCAAUCUACAGCUAUUCUUGGAAUAUCCGGUUACUGAUGUGGGUUUGCGUUACAUCGGAAAUCUACGCCAACUGGAAUACCUCUCAUUGGACUGCUUUGAUAGUGCGCAUUUGCUUAUGGAGCGAAGCCAUUUGAUUGGUUUUGAUUGGGCGCCAUUGCUUUGGGCAUCGGAAAUCCACCUCAAUGGAUUUCUUAUGAUUGAUGUGUCAAACAUAUUGGAUUUUCUGUUGAAUCCCAACUUGCGGAGCUUGAGUUUGGAGCGUUGCGGCAGGAGUGCCAGUAUGAUAGAAACUGUGAGGAAGAUCAAGCAGCUGAUGGACGUUUCACGACCACUGCCACGUAUUGCGGCGAUCUGGUGAUGUGGUAAGUUGGUAAAUUAAAGCAACUAAACGCCAUUGCUUCCUCCAACAAACACCAAGAGAACAAUGUUAUUUCAUAUUAUAUUAGCUGAUGAGCCGUAUAGUAGAACUAUAUUCAUAUGCCAUACAAA